ACAAAUCCCGUGAUGCUCCGGGGCGGGAAGGGGGAACGGGCAGGCAGGAAGGCGGGGGCAGGGUUGUCCCCGUAAAUAGAGCCGGGUGAAGCAUGAAGCUGUACUGCCUGUCGGGACAUCCCACCUUACCAUGCAACGUGCUCAAGUUCAAGUCCACCACCAUCAUGCUGGACUGUGGACUGGAUAUGACAUCUACCCUCAAUUUCCUGCCGUUGCCGCUGGUUCAGAGCCCCAGGCUGUCCAAACUUCCUGGAUUAGUUUUGAAAGAUGGAAGCACAUUUCUGGACAAGGAGCUGAAGGAGUGCUCUGGCCAUGUGUUCGUGGAUUCAGUGCCAGAGUUCUGCUUGCCAGAGACUGAGCUGCUUGACCUCUCCACGGUGGAUGUAAUCUUGAUCUCAAACUAUCACUGCAUGAUGGCAUUGCCCUAUAUCACAGAGUACACAGGAUUCACUGGAACGGUGUAUGCCACUGAGCCCACUGUUCAAAUUGGCAGACUUCUCAUGGAAGAACUGGUGAAUUCCAUUGAACGUGUGCCAAAGGCUCAGUCUGCCUCCAUGUGGAAGAACAAGGAGGUACAGAGAUUGCUACCAGCCCCUCUGAAAGAUGCAGUGGAGGUGUCAAUGUGGAGGAAGUGCUACACCAUGCCCGAAGUGAAUGCUGCUCUCAGUAAGAUCCAGCUGGUGGGAUAUUCCCAGAAAAUUGAGUUGUUUGGUGCUGUGCAGGUCACCCCUCUCAGCUCAGGCUACGCGCUUGGAAGUUCCAAUUGGAUUAUCCAGUCGCACUAUGAAAAGGUUUCCUAUGUUUCAGGAUCUUCUCUGCUUACAACACAUCCUCAGCCCAUGGACCAGGCUUCUCUUAAAAACAGUGAUGUCCUCAUCCUGACGGGUCUUACGCAGAUCCCUACUGCUAACCCAGAUGGCAUGGUAGGAGAGUUCUGCAGCAACUUGGCUAUGACUGUCCGGAAUGGAGGAAACGUGUUGGUUCCUUGUUACCCCUCUGGAGUCAUAUACGAUCUGCUGGAGUGCCUGUAUCAGUAUAUUGACUCUGCUGGACUCUCCAACGUCCCUUUUUAUUUCAUCUCACCUGUUGCCAACAGCUCACUUGAGUUCUCCCAGAUCUUUGCUGAGUGGUUGUGUCAUAACAAACAAACAAAGGUGUAUCUUCCAGAACCUCCUUUUCCUCACGCUGAGCUGAUUCAGACAAACAAAUUAAAACAUUACCCCAGCAUCCAUGGAGACUUCAGCAAUGACUUCAAGCAGCCAUGUGUCAUUUUUACUGGGCAUCCCUCUCUGAGAUUUGGGGAUGUGGUUCAUUUCAUGGAGUUAUGGGGAAAAUCUAGCUUGAACACUGUUAUAUUCACAGAACCAGAUUUCUCUUACCUGGAUGCUCUUGCUCCUUAUCAACCUUUGGCCAUGAAAUGUGUUUACUGCCCCAUUGAUACAAGACUGAAUUUUAUCCAGGUGUCUAAAUUGCUCAAAGAAGUCCAGCCUCUCCAUGUAGUUUGCCCGGAGCAGUACACCCAGCCACCUCCCUCCCAGUCUCACCGUACGGAUUUGAUGGUAGACUGUCAGCCUCCACCAAUGUCCUACCGCAGAGCAGAGGUCCUGACUCUUCCCUAUAAACGACGCUAUGAGAAGAUCGAAAUCAUGCCAGAACUUGCAGAUUCACUUGUGCCCUUGGAGAUUAAGCCUGGCAUUUCCUUAGCAACAGUUUCUGCCAUGUUGCAUACUAAAGACAACAAGCAUGUUCUGCAGCUCCCUCCCAAACCACCGCAACCCCCCACCAGCAAGAAGAGAAAACGAGUGAGUGAUGACGUGCCAGAGUGCAAGCCUCUGAAGCCGUUGCUGAGUGGCUCCAUUCCUGUGGACCAGUUUGUGCAGACACUCGAGAAGCAUGGCUUCAGUGACGUGAAGGUGGAAGACACAGCCAAGGGCCACAUCGUGCUCCUCCAGGAGGCAGAAACCCUCAUUCAGAUUGAGGAGGACUCCACACACAUCAUCUGUGACAACGAUGAACCUCUUAGGGUGAAGCUGCGUGACUUGGUUCUCAAAUUCCUGCAGAAAUUUUAGCCCAUGGACACCACACUGCUGUGCAGGGAGAGCCCUCAGAGCACCAGAGCAAAGAGCUUUUAGAGAGUGAUCCCAAAGAGAGAAUAUCUGCAUUCAGAGACCAGAAACCACCUCUUGUUCAUGCAGAGGCAACCAAGUAUUUUUUUUAAUAUCUCUAUAUGUUUUUUAUUUAAUUUUUAGCCAGUUUUGGAAUACUUCAGAGGGGAUUCCUGUGCUGUAAAAUUCCUUUCUGGAAUCUUAAAGGAGAUACAGAUUGCAGAGUAAAUAAAUAGAGUGUACAUUUAGAAAGUCAGGGUGAAACCAUAUAUGCAGGUGCAGAUAUUUGUGUGGUGCAGUCCAUCAGCAGUGUGUGCCCCAGCCCUUCAUCCAACAAAACUCUGCAAGAAUAUUCAAACAUUGGCCUCAGAUAUUAGGAGAUGAUUGUUUUUUUUUCUACCCACUGUGUCUUCACUGCAUCCAGUUUCCUGUCUGUGUUCAUGUUUCCCUGGAUACGGUGCAAAGAGGAGCGUGGCAGAGAUCAUAAAAGCACAAACAGAAAAUGGGGACUAUGCUGGGCAUGGCCAAUAGCUCCAGAGUGCCCAGAGCACCUUCAUUCUCCUAGAGCAGGGGGGUUUGGGUAAAGCUUUAGCACUUCAAAGCCUUCACUGAUGUUCACCUCACCUCCUAGGACCAAAUCUGUCCCUGAGAUGUUGGGUCCCUCCCUCACCAGUGGCAGAGGUGCCAGCAGGAGGGAUUGCAGUUGCAGGCAGGAUGGUUGGUUGCCCUUCUGUGCCCUAUUUGUCUGUUGGCUGUUGGGGCUGAGAUAGCUCCAUUCCCAUCUCACUGCUUCCACGGGGUGCAUGAGGCUAAGCAACAUCAAUCUGGGACCCAGCAACCCAGCUGGGAAGGGAGGCAUUCUCAUGUAUGUUAAAGCAGUUAAACUCCCCCUGCUCUCCAAAAACCUGUGAGAUUUAAGUGCCUCUCAUUUCUACCUUCCCAAAUCUUUCAGCCCCCACAUUCCAAAGUCCUGGUUGAAAUUCUGAUAGCCCUUUAUACAAAGCCAUCUGUACUGCAGGCUGGGGGGGCUUUUCCCUUUCAAAGUUGUGUGUUUGGAGCCUAAACUUAGUUAAUAGUAUUGCUUUUAGAAGUAGCUAAGUAGCUGAUUGGUGUCUUGGAUUUACAGCUGUUUUCUUUUUCUCUUUUUUUUAAUGGGAUUGUUUUGUAUUUAUUUGGUGUUAAAAAUAAAAAGCAUAGUAAGAAUGCUGAGGAGAAACCACAUCCAGUGGUUGAUAGAAGCAUCUGCUUGCCUGCUCCACAUCCACAGGUGUGUAAAUGUACAUAUUUAUAAAAUAAAACAUCUCCAGUUUACAGCCUUGUGGAGAUUAAGGCAGUGGGAGAACAGCUCUGUAAUAAAAACUGUUUGCUGUUGCAGUUUGCACAUCAUAUUUCCUACACAUUAAGGGUUCCUGCUUGAUUGGUCGUCCAGGCUCUGGCAUCUGUGCCUUGGCUUUCUGUGUGUGUCGGGGCACGAGAGCAAUGGUCUCAUUAGGGCGAUAAAAACCUGGUUGCAGAAGCAUGAAUCCCAGUGAGAGUUUACAACAUCUGUGGUGGUUCAGCUCCUUUAUCAUCAGUAGGAAAUAGAAUAAAAGAACUGGGCACAUCUCACGAUGAAAUCUGUAUAAGGAUUGUUCUGAAUGCAUGAAGGCCACUGGAUGCAGGCAGGGUGGGAAGGAGAGGG